CUCUCCCCUAAAAAAGAGGAGAGUUUAAAACGGCACAUAAACAAAGCCUAACAUCCGUUUUUAACAACUAUAUUAUAUAGUUGUUAAAAAACAAAAGCGACCGACCGUUUUUCUUCUUGAGCGAGUUUUUGAAAAACUUUAAAAAUUAACAAACUAACAACAAUGGCACCUGUGCGGGGAGAUGGUAUGCGCGGUCUGGCGGUUUUUAUAUCAGACAUAAGAAACUGUAAAAGUAAAGAAGCGGAAGUAAAAAGAAUCAAUAAAGAGUUAGCCAAUAUACGUAGCAAAUUUAAAGGUGACAAAACGUUAGAUGGGUAUCAGAAAAAGAAAUAUGUCUGUAAGCUGCUGUUCAUAUUUCUGCUGGGGCAUGAUAUCGAUUUUGGCCAUAUGGAAGCUGUUAAUUUGCUAUCAUCGAAUAAAUAUUCGGAAAAACAAAUUGGCUAUUUGUUCAUCUCGGUUUUGGUGAAUACAAACAGCGAUUUGAUUCGUUUGAUAAUCCAAUCGAUCAAAAAUGAUUUGCAAUCUCGUAAUCCGGUACAUGUUAAUUUGGCAUUGCAGUGCAUUGCCAAUAUUGGUAGCCGCGAUAUGGCCGAAUCGUUCUCCAAUGAAAUACCAAAGUUAUUGGUAUCGGGAGACACCAUGGAUGUGGUCAAACAAUCUGCUGCUCUGUGUCUCUUACGUUUAUUCCGUUCCAGUCCCGACAUCAUACCUGGCGGUGAAUGGACUUCACGCAUUAUUCAUCUAUUGAACGAUCAACAUAUGGGUGUUGUUACCGCUGCCACUUCACUGAUUGAUGCUUUGGUCAAACGCAACCCGGAUGAAUAUAAGGGUUGCGUCAAUUUAGCUGUUUCUCGUUUAUCGCGUAUUGUUACCGCUAGUUAUACUGAUUUACAGGAUUAUACAUAUUAUUUUGUGCCAGCCCCCUGGUUAUCGGUUAAAUUGCUACGCCUAUUGCAAAAUUAUAAUCCUGUAACAGAAGAACCAGGCGUUCGGGCACGUUUAAAUGAAACACUUGAAACGAUUUUGAAUAAGGCUCAAGAGCCACCAAAGAGUAAAAAAGUACAGCAUUCAAAUGCUAAAAACGCUGUACUCUUCGAAGCGAUCAAUCUCAUUAUACACAGUGACAGUGAACCCAAUUUGUUGGUGCGUGCCUGCAAUCAAUUGGGACAAUUUUUGAGUAAUCGUGAAACGAAUUUACGUUAUUUGGCCUUGGAGUCGAUGUGCCAUUUGGCAACAUCGGAAUUUUCACAUGAGGAGGUCAAGAAACAUCAGGAAGUGGUGAUUUUGUCGAUGAAGAUGGAAAAGGAUGUUUCGGUGCGUCAAAUGGCAGUUGAUUUGCUGUAUGCCAUGUGCGAUCGCAGCAAUGCCGAGGAAAUUGUACAGGAAAUGUUGAAUUAUUUGGAAACAGCUGAUUAUUCCAUACGCGAGGAAAUGGUACUCAAGGUGGCCAUUUUAGCUGAAAAAUAUGCCACCGAUUUUACAUGGUACGUCGAUGUCAUCUUAAAUCUCAUUCGUAUUGCCGGCGAUUAUGUCUCCGAAGAAGUCUGGUAUCGUGUCAUACAAAUUGUCAUUAAUCGCGAAGAGGUCCAAGGCUAUGCCGCAAAGACGGUAUUUGAAGCUUUGCAAGCUCCCGCUUGCCAUGAAAACAUGGUUAAAGUUGGCGGUUAUAUUUUGGGUGAAUUUGGUAAUUUAAUUGCUGGCGAUUCGCGCUCAGCACCUUUGGUGCAAUUUAAACUGCUGCACUCAAAAUAUCAUUUAUGCUCACCCAUGACAAGGGCUUUGCUGCUGUCCACCUAUAUUAAAUUCAUAAAUCUAUUCCCUGAGAUACGUACCAACAUUCAAGAAGUAUUCCGUCAACAUAGUAAUUUACGUUCAGCCGAUGCUGAGCUGCAACAGCGUGCUAGUGAAUAUCUGCAAUUGAGCAUUGUCGCUUCCACAGAUGUACUGGCUACAGUGUUGGAAGAAAUGCCCUCAUUCCCCGAAAGGGAAAGCUCCAUAUUGGCGGUGUUGAAGAAGAAGAAACCUGGUCGGGUACCAGAAAAUGAAAUACGCGAAUCAAAGAGUCCAGCACCAGUGGCUGUGCAGAAUAAUACUCAUGCUGCAACUAAUCAUAAAGUCAACAGCAAUGCCAAUGCUGAUUUAUUGGGUCUCAGUACACCACCGGCCAACAAUGCUGUCAACAAUAACAGUGGCACAUUAAUUGAUGUCCUGGGCGAUAUAUAUGGCAGUGCCAAUAAUAGUACAGCAAUUUACAAUACCAAAAAGUUCCUUUUCAAGAACAAUGGUGUUUUGUUUGAAAAUGAAAUGCUACAGAUUGGUGUUAAGAGUGAAUUCCGACAAAAUUUGGGACGUUUGGGGUUAUUCUAUGGCAACAAAACACAGAUUCCUUUAACGAAUUUCACACCUGUCCUACAAUGGGAACCGGAAAAUGCUUUAAAAUUAAAUGUUCAAAUGAAACCUGUUGAACCCACCUUAGAAGCCGGUGCACAAAUCCAACAGCUGUUAACCGCCGAAUGUAUAGAAGACUAUGCUGAUUCACCCACAAUUGAGGUGAAUUUCCGUUAUAAUGGUGUUCAACAAAAAUUCAGCAUUAAGCUGCCAUUGACCAUAAAUAAGUUCUUUGAACCAACGGAAAUGAAUGCCGAUUCAUUCUUUGCACGAUGGAAGAAUUUAAGUGGUGAACAACAACGAGCCCAAAAAGUUUUCAAAGCUCAACAGCCUUUAGAUUUAGCCGGUGCUCGUAAUAAAUUAAUGGGCUUUGGCAUGCAAUUAUUGGAUAAUGUUGAUCCCAAUCCAGACAAUAUGGUAUGUGCGGGUAUUAUCCACACACAGUCACAACAAGUUGGUUGUCUAUUAAGACUGGAACCUAACAAGCAAGCACAGAUGUUCCGUCUAACAAUACGUGCCAGCAAAGAAAGUGUUACACGGGAAAUUUGCGAUAUAUUAACAGACCAAUUUUAAAACUGGUAAAUACAAA